GGGUAAUUUGACUUAUCAUAUAUUCAUGGCGAAGGUAGGUUCAAGUAAUUUUAGUCUCCCCCCCCGGGCGCCCACCCUGACCUUCCUCCCCCCCGGUGUUUUGAAUGGUAGAGACGUAGCAGAUCUAAUGUUGUGGGAGCUCUUACAUUGACAUGUGAUUGAAUGCAUCUACCAUGUUGCAUGUAAAACUGAAAAUAUCCACAACUAAUGGAAGUAAGUACUUUGAUGCAGUGGAUUUGCGUAUCUAUUAGCAUAUUGGUUGACCUAACCUUUGUGCCCUUAGUAGAGGAAAGGAAUUUAAAAAUGAUAUAAACUACUUAAGAGUGAUAAUUGGUGAGUACAUUCUUACUCCAGCCGGGAAGUUGACAAAGAACUAGUUAUAAGGGCAACGCGGACCAUCUGACAAGACUCCUUUCGGUGGCGUAGGCAUUCAUGUUUGAUUGGUGCUGUUCCUUCAGUUUUAUUGACUUUGGAAAUUGUUGGUGGCUGCUGGCCAGGCAUCAAUGAACUGUCUCGCCUCAAUGAAUGGGUGGGUGUUGUGUGAUUAAAUGUAAACAUGAGUCUGAUCGAUUGAUAUAACUAACUAUUAACCAAUGCAGUUGAUGAGGAACCUAUCCACCAGCUUGCUGGCAUAAUUAGAAAUCAUAUGCUAGCUAGUUGUGUUGUCAAUCUUAUAGUUCAUGAGUACGUAUGCUCUAAUUUGUUGUUUGUUAUUUUGAAGCUUGCAGCUGCUUUGACUAGAGUUAAAACUUGAUGCAUGCUUUUGGUACUAAUCUGUGUCAAUCUUAUAGCAAUUCAAAUAUAGAAAGAUUCAAUCGUUGCCAAGGAAUUUGUUCUAAAAGUGCUCUCUGCCUGAAUCAGAAAUCAGAAUGCGUGCAGGAUUGGAGAACUUAGAAGGACGAGAGAGUGUUAUUAAGCCAUCCAAUCCAGCAAGAAGUUUUAGAGCUCCCAUCCACCCCACUUAAUUUCCAUAAUGUCUCCUGUGCCACCCUCUCUUCUGCUGCAUUGAUGAAUGAACUCUCGUUUUCUUUUCCCUUAAGCCAUCAACCACCCCCUAUUCCUCUGGGUAGUGUUCAGCCAUGAAGACCUUAUCCUUGCUUCUCCUCAAAAACUCUUUGGGAGCCAAGAUGAGGAAAUGGUUUAGAAGCUCCAGCCCCGGGGCCGGCCAUGCCGCCUCUACUCUCGAACAACACAGCGCUGACAAUGGAGAAGGUGUCGACUCCGAUCAUAAUGCAACCUCAGGUGAAACGCCGGCACCUCUGGAGAUAGAGGAGAUGCUAUUGGAGCUGGAGUUCGAGAAGAUGGCCGGGAAAGCGAAGCUAGAUUGGGUGGAUGAAGCGCCUCGCCGGAUGUCAUGCCUGAGCACUUCUGACAUUCUACGGUCUGCGAGAAGCGCGUUGAAUCAGUACCCGCCGAGGUUCUCUGCGGACGGGAAGGAUGCCAUGUACCGGUCAUUCAGAGAUCUCCCGCGCAUCAGCACCGGUGGAAGAAGCUCAAUUUGCUGCAGCAGCAUUGGGGUCGAGGAUGAGGCUGGUUUUCUACCAAUAUUUGCAGGAGAAAACGUGGUCUGGUGCAAACCAGGGGUGGUGGCCAAGCUGAUGGGUCUGGAGGCCAUUCCCGUCCCGGUGCAUAGCUACUGCUCUUGGAGAGGAAAGAUGAUGAGAUCCAUGAAAUUGGAGAGGAGAAAACUUGUCAAUGGUGACAAUAAUAAGAGAAGGUGAUAUGAUGAGUCCGCUACUGGAUACUUCACAAUGUUAAGGUACUAAACAAGCUAAGAGAGAUAUCACUUCAUCUUUUAGCAGUGCAGUAGCUUGUGCUUUUCUUUUUUCUUUUUUAAUUUUAUAACUUCAUCAACCUUGCAGUUUUUUCCUCUUUUAUCAUUUUUUUCUUCUAUAGAAAGUGAAACUUCCGGCUGUAUGGCGGGAUUCCCUGAUUUGCAGGGAUGGAAAAGGGUUUGUUUUUGUA